GCUUCACUCACCACACAAUACACACACACACACACACACUUUCUUCAAAAUUUCACUCACAAAAUCUCCAUCUUUCUCACAUUUUCAUAUAAAUGGGAACUAGAAUCCCAUCACACCAGCUCAGCAAUGGAUUAUACGUUUCGGGUCGACCCGAACCCCUCAAAGACCCUCAACCCAUAUCCGGGUCACGACCCAUACCUUACACUGGCGGAGACGUCAAAAACUCCGGCGAGCUCGGAAAAAUGUUCGCCGGAAACCCUCCACCGGCCCUUAAACCUCAUCGUCCUUCCACCAGUGGAUCCCUUAGAUCCGACCCGAAUUCCGGUUCCGGACCCAUCCCAACCCGUAAGUCUAAUUCCGGGUCGGGUGGGCUUCGACCAACCGGUCUAAUCACAUCCGGCCCACUUAGGUCAGGGUCGGGUCAUAUGGUGGUUCUUCAGCCGACCGGUUUGAUCACUUCAGGUCCUGUCAGGUCCGGGUCGGGUCCAAUGGACGCGCCAGAAAGAGCUACGGGUGGGAAGACGGUUUAUGGGUCCAGUGUAACGACAUUAGGGUAUGAUGAUGUGAGAUUAGGGUUUAGGGUUUCAAGGAAGUUAAUGUGGGUGUUGGUGGUGCUUUUGGUUAUUGGUUUGAUGGUCGGUGCAUUUCUAAUGGUGGCAGUGAAGAAGCCGGUGAUUCUUAUCGCGGCCGCGGCAGUUUUAGUGCCUGCCAUGAUUGUUAUAUUGUGGAAUUGUGUUUGGAAGAAGAGGGGAUUGUUGGCGUAUUUACGAAAACACCCUGAUGUUGAGCUUAGAAGUGCUGUUGAUGGUCAAUUUGUUAAGGUCACAGGGAUUGUCACCUGUGGUAGCAUUCCUCUUGAAUCAUCCUUUCAGAAAGUACCGAGGUGUGUCUAUGUUUCCACAGAGUUAUAUGAAUACAAAGGAUUUGGGGGAAAAUCAACCAAUCCUAAGCACCGUUGCUUCUCGUGGGGGUGCAGCAAUUCCGAGAAAUAUGUGGCCGACUUUUAUAUAUCAGAUUUCCAAUCAGGAUUAAGGGCUUUAGUGAAAGCUGGAUAUGGAGCUAAAGUGGCUCCUUUUGUUAAAGAAACAACAGUGGUUGAGAUAACCAAAGAAAACCGAGAGUUGUCUCCAACUUUUCUCCAAUGGCUUGCAGAUCGUAGCCUUUCAAGUGAUGACCAUGUUAUGCGCGUUAAAGAAGGGUACAUAAAAGAAGGGAGUACCGUUAGUGUGAUGGGUGUGGUAAGGCGACACGAUAAUGUGCUCAUGAUCAUUCCCCCUACUGAGCCCAUGUCAACGGGCUGUCAGUUGUCUUGCUGUCUUCUCCCAACCUAUGUUGAAGGCCUAGUUUUGACUUGUGAUGAAAGUCAAAAUGCUGACGUUAUACCGGUGUAGAUUAUUUUCGUGAUCAUAAAAGGUUCCUCAAUGCCUUCAAGUCAGGUAACGGCUCGUCCAUAGCUUUCCAUACUAUUCAUGUAUAAGUGGCAGACGAAGCCUUGAUGAAGAUCAGGUUUUUUUAGUCAGCUGAUGGGCGUAGUCUUUUGGGUAUUUCUUUGUUUGUGGUGCUUUUCAACAACUCAAAUGAUGAAAAAAUUAAUGCUUUGUAAAUGCCUAAAAGCAUGAGUUGUACACUUGUGGCAGAUGUAGUCUGUGGAUGUCAAUAUGUCAUGUAUUCACUUGGUUGAAGCACCAAAUAUAAGUCAAUGAUUAAGAUUUCCUGUCUUCGGAAA